GGUUGGGGAGGCGCCGCAAGGACAGACGCGGCUGUUCCACGCCGGGCGCCUCCCCUCCCGCCGCUGCGGACGGGGCAGGGGCUGAGAGGAGGACGACGCGGGGCCGCCCCCGGGCAGCGCGGGGGCCGAGGGAGGGUUGACGGAACAGCCGCUCAGGCGGCCCCGCUGCGCCUCUUUCCCGCGGGGGAGCGGCAGCUGCAGCAGACGUCGCCAGCCUGCGGGCGCGGCGGCUCUUCCCGCUGCUGUCGGGGGCGACGGAUCCUGGCGGGGCGUAGGGAGGCGACCGAUGUCCUUCUGGGUGGGAUUUUGUACUACAGGACCUAAGCAAAAAGACUUUCCUACACCCCUCAACGAUAUCUCCGUUUCCUCUUCCCUCUAAAGCAGGGUUUUCCAAGCUGUUGCUGGACUACAACUUCCAUCAUCCCUACCUAGUAGGACCAGUGGUCACAGAGCAUGGGGAUUGUAGUCCAAAAACAGCUGGAGACCCAAGUUUGGGAAACCCCGUUUUAAGGGUUCCUCCCUUGCUUCCAGGAUGCAGAGCUUACCGGUAGUGUGGUUUGGGGACAGGGCAGCCACCAUUCCCAGAGACCUUGAAUUCCUUCAACAUGUGCAACUUUAAAACUUGGUUGAGCUUCUUGCGCUUUUGGAAAGGUUACCCGCCAGAGUAGAUGGCUGCUUGCUAACCAGUUGUAAAUUAGGGCUUGUUCCUACACAAAUGGUGCUUAAAAUUGGUUUUUCAUGUCCCCACUGUCUUAAUUUACAUACCUUCAUGUUGGCCAAAAUGUCUUAAGAACAUGCUGGAUGUACAUAUAUCUACACUAUCCAACUCGCCCAGCAGCUUGGUUUUCUACCAUGGCCAGAUGUUUCAGGGAAUCUCACACAGAAUCAUAGAAUCAGUGUUAGAAACUGAGAUAUGAAAGCAAGGGGCUAAAUGGCACCUUACGCCUGGGUUGUGGGCGCAACAAUGGAAUGUCUAGCUGCACUUUUUUAUAACAAGAAUACAAAGAGGGAAAUGAAUGAACUGCAGCUAAAAUACUAUGUUCAUUUUUCACAUGGUCUAAUCUUUCCCCUGCCCACCCUACCCCCCUAAUAUUCUUAAGAGGGUCUCUUCUCCAGCCUUCAGAGAGCAGCUGGAAGUGGGGAGGCAGAAAAAGGCUCUUUCUUUCAUUCCACUCUGCAGUUUUAAUCUGAAAUCUUAGGCACAGUACUGCUCCCAGAGCUUAGAAACUGCUCAUGCUAAUGAAAUUCCCUGUGGCAAAAUAUGCCUAGAACAAUGGGAGUUUCAAAUACUGCAUAGAAUUGUAGAGUUGGAAGGGCCCUUGAGGACAUCUAGCCCAACCUCCUGCAAAGCGUCCAUGACAGAUGGCUAUCCAAGACUUGAAGGAAUAAUUCUAACCCACUGAAGUGACUGGACUUGUCUUACUCUGUUGAUUUCAGUGGGCCUACUAUGAGUAUGACGUUGAAUAUAAUUCUAAGGCCGCACAAAACAAUUAAAGCACUGAUACCAUUUUAAACAGUCCUGGCUUCCCCGAAAGAAUCCUGAGAGCCUCUUCCUCUCACAGAACUACAACUCUCAAAGUGGUUUAACAAGCCCUCUUCACAGGAAACUCCCAAUUAUAUCAGAACUUUUAAUCUUGCAUUGUGACUGCAUAGCUUCAUAAGCAUGGAAGAGGGCCAAGGUAUGGAUAAUCAGACAGUUCUGGCUGUUCAGUCUUUGCUAGAUGGCCAGGGAGCAGUAACGGAUCCAUCAGGACAAAACGUCAACACAUCCACCACCAUCCAGUCCAUGGAUGAUGAAGAUGUGUUUCUUUGUGGGAAAUGUAAGAAGCAAUUCAACUCACUGCCUGCAUUUAUGACCCACAAAAGGGAGCAGUGUCAAGGCAGCACGCCCUCGUUGGCUACAGUUUCACUAGCUACUAACAGCGUCUACACACCGUCCAUUACCUCAGUGCAACAGGCUCAGACAACAAAUCGCCAGAUCUCUACCUAUAUUACUGUCCCACCCUCUCCUUUGAUCCAGACAUUAGUCCAGGGGAAUAUCUUAGUGAGUGAUGAGGUCUUGAUGUCAGCUAUGUCUGCUUUUACAACCCUGGACCAACCAAUGUCCACAGUACAACCCUCUGUGCAGAGCAGCCUGAAUAUGCAUACUGGAGCUGGAUACCUUUCUCAACCACCACCACCUCCUCCCCCACCACCACCACCACCUCAGCCUCCUCCUCCCGCACCUCAGUCUCUUGGAGCACCAGGCCAGCCCAACUCAGGCAGCAAUGGAGUGGUGGAAGUGUACAGUGCAUCAACCCCCAUGGCUGGGAAUAGCACAGUAGAGAUACAGAAUCUGGGGAUGCAGCCCUACCCACCUAUGGAGGUGCCCAAUCAAUGUGUGGAAACCCCAGUGUACCCCUCCCCUCCAGUAUACAGUCCAGGGAAGCAAGGUUUUAAGUCUAAAAGCCCCAACACUGUUGCUCCCUUGAACAAUGCCUGUGGAGGAAACGUGACCGAUUUUGAUCCAGCUUCAGCUGCCAAGAAUCAUCGUCUUAAGACAGACAGCAGCCUCCUAGAAGGGAAACCCAAGUCACCAAAACUGAAAUGCACAUACUGCGAUAAGGCGUUCACCAAGAACUUCGACCUGCAGCAGCAUAUCAGGAGUCACACAGGGGAGAAGCCAUUCCAGUGCAUCGUAUGUGGUCGUGCCUUUGCCCAAAAGUCCAAUGUGAAGAAGCAUAUGCAGACGCAUAAGGUGUGGCCACCAGGAAUUGGGUGUACCGUCUCUCGGAGCUCUGUUACUGUGCAAGUCAUGGCACUCAACCCCAACCAGCAGGAGGAUGAGGAGAAUGCAGGUUUAAACACGGUUCCUAGAAGCAGCCCCCCACAGCCACAGGUCAUGCCUCCUGCAGAAGAGCAUGAGGCUUGCAAACUGGAAGCUAAGCAAGUGGUCUUGAUAGACAGUUCUUACCAGUGCCAGUUCUGCCCCAACAAAUUCUGCACAUAUUUCCAGUUGAAAUCGCACAUGACCCAACACAAACAUGAACAGGUUUACAAAUGUGUUGUGAAAAGUUGUGCUCAAACAUUCCAGAAGCUGGAUUCCUUCUUGGAGCACAUCAAGAACCAUCAGGAGGAGCUGAGCUACCGUUGCCACCUCUGCAGCAAGGACUUCCCCUCCCUCUAUGAACUGGGUGUCCAUCAGUAUUCCCACAGCUUGCUCCCUCAACACAGUCCCAAGAAGGACAUUGCCAUUUACAAGUGUGUCAAGUGUGUAAAUAAAUAUUCUACCCCAGAAGCCCUGGAGCAUCACUUACAGACAGCAACACACAACUUUCCCUGUCCUCACUGUCAGAAGGUGUUCCCUUGUGAGAGGUACUUACGACGUCAUCUACCUACACAUGGGGGUGGAGGGAAAUUCAAAUGUCAGAUCUGCAAAAAAUUCUUCCGCCGAGAACACUACCUCAAACUACACGCUCACAUUCACUCAGGUGAAAAGCCUUUUAAAUGCUCUUUGUGUGACUCAGCCUUCAACAGGAAAGAUAAACUCAAACGGCAUAUGCUGAUCCAUGAGCCUUUCAAGAAAUAUAAAUGCCCCUUCUCAAAUCAUACAGGCUGCAAUAAAGAGUUCAACAGACCGGACAAAUUGAAAGCUCAUAUUCUCUCCCAUUCAGGGAUGAAGAUCCACAAGUGCCAAUACUGCAGCAAGGCCUUCAGCCGGCGAGCUCACAUGGUGGAACACCAGCGCUCUCACACUGGAAACUAUAAAUACCGCUGCCCUACAUGCAGCAAAGGCUUUACACGCCAGAAGUACAUGAAGGACCACAAGUGUAGACUGAGUUCAGCCAAGGACAAAGAGCUGCCAGUCAGAAAAUCCCAGAAGAAGUGGGGGACUCGUGGGCGGAAAGUGGGGCUUCCUGUUUCAGCUCAGUUGACCUUGACAGAACUGAAAGACAGUACAGAUGGAGGAAACUCUCAGAAAGGUGGUCCUAGUAAAGAACAGUUUCCAGUGUCUGACACAGUCCUGUCCAUUGUGGUUGGCAGAUCAACGGCCGUGUCGGCAACAGACACUGAUCUUGGCAACCCUACCCAAUGCAGUGGCAUUCCAUCCAACCUUGCUCUGGCCGAGUUGCAGCCUGGCUCGGAGAGUCCAUGCGCCAUGCUAGCAGUCCCUGUUUACAUUCAGGCUACUGAAUAACUGAAUAGUACUGUGAUUUAAUGGGGGAAAUAAUUCCUCUGCUGUUUGAUGGAGAUAUGCUGCUGCAGGGAUUGGAAAUGAAUGGAAUGUGUAUGUGUACUGUGUUUGUGUGUGUGUGUGUGUGUGUGUGUGUUUCAGCUGCCAUGAUGCAGUGAUCAGCAUUCAUGAAGAAUUUUGUUGAUAAAAGUGAGAGUAGCUCCUCUUAUCCAGAUGAAUUAAUCAUGUGGAGUACUGAAAGGUAUGGUUGCAUGCUUUUCUUUGAAAGAUGCUUAUUGGUUAACAUAAGUUAUGAUGAUUCCUGAAUCCAGUGAGAAACACAAUACAGAACAUUGAAAUAACAUACAAGACCUGAUUUUUUUUAAUUGUAGUACAUCCCAUUUGUAAUUAUUUUCUGAAAUUUGUAAUACCCUGUAUCUAGACAAUUUGUCUUUCCAGCUGUAAGCAAACAAUCCUUCGUACUGGGAGUAAGUCCAUUAUGUUCUCAAUUGGGAAUGUCAUUCAUAAAUGCUCUCAACAGAAACAUACUAUGACUCUGAUGUAUGUAGAAAAGGGAUGCAGUUCUGCACAAAUACCAUGGUCCAGUUUAAAUUUGAGCUUUCCCUCAUGAACUUACUAGGAUUAGCAUAUGAUGAGCAGCAACCUCAUAUAAAAGGAAACCUGCCUAAAUGCAUGAUUUAGAAAUGUAAGUGUGCUGGAAGUGUAUAGGCAGCUACUGACUGCAUUGUGAAGAGGGGCAAUUCUCAAUUCUGUGUAAUCAACAAUGCCUAAUGAAGAAUUGGAGAAGGAAUGUGAGAGACAGAGGAGAGAGGAGGGAAAGUUGAACUAAACAGUUUUAUCAAUUAACAACAUCCUCACUAAAACAACAUCCUCACCCACCCAUAGAAUUGAUGUUACAGUUUCAAGUUUUGCCAUAGCCAGGCUACCUAAAUUCAGACCAGAAACAUCAGAAAAACAAAUGUACUGUAUUUGAAAAAGCUUCAUGCCUGAGCCAGAGUCACCUAGCAUUUCAAGUACAACCUUUAACAACGAUGUUUUAUUUCUGCUGCUAUUAUCAUUUACUGUAUUACUUUUCAAUACGGUGUAUCCUCCAAAGAGCUGAGAGUUGCAUUUUAGUCCCACAACAAUCCCAUGAAGUAGGUUAGGCAAGAGAAACUGACUUGCUCAAGGUCACUUAAUAUCGGCCCACAUCCAAACCCACCAUUCAAGCAAGUCACUAUUAGCGGCUCAUCUUAUCCAAUCAUUACCUCAAGUUUGGAGGUGAAACAGUGUUAACAUUUCUGGACAGAAAGGCAGAAUACAAACUUUUCCUUUACAGUAUAUGUAAAAAAGGUUCAACCUGUGGGCUCAGGGGCGGCUCAAGAUAUCAGCUGCCUGAGGCAAAGGACGAGAUGGCACUUUUCCCCAAGCCCACAAACUGGUGGUUGAAUUUUACUCCAAUACUGGUGAACUGGACGGUAUCUUCCCCAGCACAUGGCUCUCAUAACUCUGGAUCUCCCCUCCCUGCACCUCAGCACCUGCAUCUGCCUCACUCUCCAUCAUGGUAGGGCGCGCCCUGUAUGGGACACCUCCAAAUGCUUUGGCGGAGGACAACUGAGCAGGGUGUGUGUGUUAAAAACAAAAACAAAAAAAAACACUCAGGCUCGUGCGAGCGCUCCUCGCGCGUCGCCAAGUGACGUCACCCCCUCAGAGAA